AUGACCACCCCAACGGCGACGCCGGCGAAGAUGCGGGCCGUGCUUUACGACGCCUGCGGCGGAGGCACCGCCGGCCUCAAGCAUGCACAAGUCCUCGUCCCUUCAGCAAAGAGGAAUGAGGUCCUGUUGAAACUACAAGCUGCGACCGUCAAUCCACUUGACUGGAAGAUACAGAAAGGGGACUUGCGGCCUCUGCUGCCUCGUAGACUGCCUUUUAUUCCAGUGCCUGAUGUCGCGGGAGUAGUUGUUGAUGUUGGUCCUGGAGUGAAUGGUCUCACAGCGGGUGAUCAAGUUGUCGCCAAGUUGAACUCUCUUAAUGGAGGUGGACUUGUAGAGUACACUGUAGCAUCCGCAAACCUGACUGUCAAAAGGCCAGCUAAGGUUUCUGCAGCUGAGGGCGCUGGCCUUCCCAUUGCCGCAGGCACUGCGCUCCAGGCGUUGAGGUCCAUUGGUUCCAAGUUUGACGGCACCGGCAAGCCUCUAAACGUGUUGAUCACCGCUGCCUCUGGUGGCGUAGGCCUGUAUGCCGUGCAGCUUGCAAAGCUGGCGAACCUUCAUGUUACCGCCACCUGCGACGACCGCGACAUGGAUCUUGUGAAGAGCUUGGGCGCAAACGAGGUGAUGGACUACAGGACCCCAGAGGGAGCGACCUUGCAGAGCCCCUCCGGCCGGAAGUACGACGGCGUGGUUCACUGCACCGUCGCUGUCAGCUGGUCGUCUUUCCAGCCAUUGUUGAGUGACGGCGGGAGAGUGGUAGACAUCACGCCGAAAUUGUCAGCCAUCCUCACAUAUGUGCUGCAUAGGGUGACAUUCUCCAAGAAGCGCCUCGUGCCCCAGCUGCUCCUGUCGCUCAACAAGGUAGACCUGGAGUUCUUGGCCGGGUUGCUCGAGGAAGACAAGCUGAAGACCGUGAUCGACUCGAGGUUCCCGUUGAGCGACGCAGGCAAGGCGUGGCAGAGCAGUAUCGAUGGCCAUGCCACUGGCAAGAUUGUCGUUGAGAUGAAGAGCUGA